AUGUUCAACUUCAAGAAAUGGUUGGUUCUUGUGGUAUGUUCGUUAGCAAUCUUGAAAGCAGAAGGAUUAUUUGUCAAUAUUACAUUUGUUAGAAACGCCGUCGCAAGAGGGGCCGUUUGUUUGGAUGGAAGUCCACCAGCUUAUCAUUUACACAGAGGUUCUGGAACUGGAAUCAAUAGCUGGUUAAUACAGCUUGAGGGAGGAGGAUGGUGUAAUAAUGUAACAAACUGUCUUAGUCGGAUGCAUACUCGAUUAGGUUCAUCAAAGAAAAUGGUGGAGAAUCUUGCGUUCUCAGCUAUUCUUAGCAAUAAGAAACAAUAUAACCCUGAUUUUUAUAAUUGGAACAGAGUAAAAGUUAGAUACUGCGACGGUUCAUCAUUCACAGGAGAUGUGCAAGCAGUGAACCCUGCUACUAAACUUCACUUCAGAGGUGCUCGGGUUUGGUUAGCUGUUAUGCAGGAGCUGCUAGCUAAAGGCAUGAGAAACGCCGAGAAUGCUGUUUUGUCUGGGUGUUCUGCUGGUGGGUUAGCGUCUCUGAUGCAUUGUGACAGUUUCCGUGCUUUAUUACCAAUGGGUACCAAAGUAAAAUGUCUUUCAGAUGCUGGUUUCUUUCUCAAUACAAGAGAUGUCUCAGGAGCUCAAUACAUUAAAUCAUACUUCAAAGAUGUGGUUACUCUGCAUGGAUCAGCAAAGAAUUUGCCGAGGUCAUGCACAUCAAGAUUGACCCCUGCAAUGUGUUUCUUCCCUCAAUACGUAGCUCGCCAGAUUAGAACUCCUGUAUUCAUUCUUAAUGCCGCAUACGACUCUUGGCAGAUAAAGAACAUUUUGGCUCCCCGUGCGGCUGAUCCUUAUGGAAAAUGGCAAAGUUGUCAACUUGACAUCAAGAAUUGCCAACCAAACCAGCUGAAAGUUAUGCAAGAUUUCAGGUUAGAGUUCUUGAGCGCGGUGAUAGGUCUAGGUAGAUCUUCAUCAAGAGGGAUGUUCAUAGACUCUUGUUACACUCACUGCCAAACUGAGACACAAACUUCAUGGUUCUGGCAAGAUUCUCCAAUUCUAAACCGAACGCAAAAGAAUAUAAUUAUAAAAUUCCUCUCUAUCCAUUUCACAAACUCACCACAAAAAUCAGUUCCUCUCUCUCUAAGCAAAGAAAAGCAAAAGGACUCCCUUCUCACAAGAAUGGGGAAGCUUAAACAAUGUUGGUCAAGUGUGCUAGUGUUGGCAAUGAUGAUGAUCGGAACAGGAGCCGUUCCCAUCACUUAUCUACAAAGUGCCGUGGCUAAAGGAGCCGUGUGUUUGGAUGGGAGUGCACCAGCUUACCAUUUCGACAAAGGGUUUGGUUCUGGGGUUAACAAUUGGAUCGUUCACAUGGAGGGAGGAGGAUGGUGUACCGAUGUGGCUUCAUGUAUUAAGCGCAAAGGUACAAUGAAGGGUUCGUCCAAAUUCAUGAACAAAGACUUUGGUUUCUCCGGUAUCUUGGGUGGCAAGCAAAACACUAACCCAGAUUUUUACAACUGGAAUAGAAUCAAAGUACGUUAUUGUGACGGAUCAUCUUUUACCGGCAAUGUUGAAGCUGUAAAUCCGGCGAAUAAGCUGUUUUUCCGCGGUGCACGAGUUUGGCGCGCGGUGAUUGAUGAUCUUAUGGCUAAAGGGAUGAAAAACGCGCAAAAUGCGAUUCUCUCCGGUUGUUCAGCCGGAGCAUUGGCCGCAAUUCUACAUUGUGACACUUUCCGCGCCAUACUUCCUCGGACAGCUAGAGUCAAAUGUGUUUCUGACGCCGGUUACUUUAUCCACGGUAAAGAUAUCUCAGGAGGAUCAUACAUACAAUCUUAUUACAGUAAAGUUGUCGCACUUCACGGAUCUGCAAAGAGUCUUCCUGUUUCAUGCACCUCAAAAAUGAAACCAGAACUCUGUUUCUUCCCGCAAUACGUCGUUCCUUUCAUGCGUACACCGCUCUUUGUCAUUAACGCUGCGUUUGACUCCUGGCAGAUCAAGAACGUUCUGGCUCCGACCGGGGUAGAUAAGCGCAAAGAGUGGGCGAAAUGUAAGCUCGAUCUCAAGAAAUGUUCGGCUGCUCAGCUCAAAACCGUCCAAGGGUUUAGAGAUCAGAUGAUGCGUGCAUUGGCUCCCAUCCACAGUACACCGUCGAGAGGCUUGUUCUUGGACUCGUGUCACGCUCAUUGCCAAGGAGGAAGCGCUGCCUCUUGGUCCGGCGCCAAAGGUCCCCAAGUCGCCAACACGAAAAUAUCGAAAGCGGUCGGAAACUGGUUUUACGGUCGGAGUGCAUUCCAGAAGAUAGACUGUCCUUCGCCGAUUUGCAAUCCUACUUGUCCUGCAAUCUCUACUGAUGAAUAGACCUUAAAUUAUGUUUAAAAUAAAUGUUCAAUUUUUAAUUUCAACAACAAAUCCCUCGAAUAAGAGUUUAAGACAGUUUCACCAAAAUUGAAUAAAAGAGUGUAUUUUCCAUUCAGCUUAAUUUCUUGUAUUAAUCAAUUCAGGAGUUUAAAGUGACUUUUAUAUCAUGG